AUGACGAGAAGUUCAUUAAAAGCCAUGCAGUUGCCAUUAAGGGUCGAUAAAGAUGGUACAGAAUCCAGAUCGCCAUUGGAUACCAAUGGACAUGGUACACACUGUGCAGGAACUGCAGCUGGAUCCGCCGUUCAGAAAGCUGGGUCUCAUAAUUAUGCUGUUGGAGAAGCAAAAGGAAUGGCAACCAGAGCUAGGAUUGCUUCUUACAAGAUACAUUGGGGUCAUGUAGGUGGAUCGUUAAGUGAUAUCCUAGCUGCUGGGGAUCAAGCUGCGGCCGAUGGAAUUGAUGUGUUGUCCAUGUCAGUAGAUGACGGUGGGCACAAAGAACUUCGAGACCCGUUUGCGCUACUAACCUUUGGUUUAAUGCAGAAAGGAAUUUUUGUUUCUACUUCCGCUGGAAAUGAUGGGCCUGAUCCAAAAACAAUUAAAAACCUAACACCAUGGGUAUUGACUGUUGGAGCGUCGACUAUGGAUAGGGAGCUCCGUGCCGAUGUCAUUUUGGGUGAUGGUCAAGUUAUUCCAGGUGUUUCACCGUUCUUUGCAGAUGCAAUAGUGACCGGUUACUCAGAAAUUUAUUACGGUGAUAAUAGUAACAGCCAAUGUUGUUUAGGAGGAUCACUGAGUUCGACAGAAGUUGCUGGAAAGUUUGUGGUUUGUGACAGUACUGGUUUAAAUUCAGCUUGGGAUCAAGGAACAGUAGUUAAGAGUGCCGGUGGUGUUGGAAUGAUCGUCAUUGGUAACAAACCGGCAGCACAAUUGCUGACUUCUGAAUCCCGUUCAUCGGUUCCAGCAGUCGAAGUCAGUGACACUUAUGGUUCUAAGAUUUUAGACUAUAUCAGGAGGAGCCGAUUACCUACUGCUACAAUCAAUAUCCAGGGAACUGUGAUUGGUUCUUCUUUGUUUCCAUCUCCAAAAGUUGCAGCAUUUUCAGGCCGUGGACCAAAUAAAAUAACACCAGAAAUUCUCAAACCAGAUAUCAUUGCACCCGGCGUAAAUAUAUUGGCUGCUUGGACUGGAUUUGGUGCAGGUACAACAGAUGAGUUUGAGGUAAAGUCUGCCUACAAUGUUGACAACUCAGGUAAGUAUAUUACUGAUAUUUCCAGUGGCAAAUUUUCAAACCCAUUCCAACAAGGAUCUGGGCAUGUAGCCCCGAACAAAGCGUUAAAUCCGGGUUUAGUAUACGACAUCACACCUAGUGAUUAUGAAGCUUUCCUUUACUGGAUGGGGUACGAUGCAACAGAGAUUUCAGUUUUUGUGAAGGAUAAGAAGGUUGAUUGCGAUUCAAUUAGGGUAUCUAGCAGCCCUGGUGAUCUCAACUAUCCUUCAUUUUCUGUCAUCUUCGAAUCUGGAAAAACAGGUAAGGUGAAGCAUAAGAGAGUGCUCACAAAUGUUGGGAGUUCAGCGGAUGCUGUUUACAAGGUCAAGAUCAGAUCUCGAACCUCAUCUGUUAAGAUCAGUGUUUCACCAACGAAACUUGUGUUUACUGCAAAUAAGAAGAGUUUGCCGUAUGAAAUCACGUUCGAGUAUGCCGGGUACCACAGAAACGGAAGCAUUCGGAGUGAUCAGGAAUGUCUCCCAUGGAUGCUGUCAACUGAUGUAGGAAACGUCGUUGAUGCCUGA